AUCAUGGGGUAGUAGUAAUUAACAAUCAGUAUUAUCUUCUGCAGUGUGCUGCUGUUGGUGUUGUUGUUGUUGGUAUUGUUUUUGUUGUUGUUGGUGGUGGUGAUGGUAGUGGUGGUGAUAGUAGACAUAAUGACAGUGGUAGUGACUCUUCUAAAAUUUCGAAUAGGGGUGUAAGUAAGAGUAGUAAUAACUAAUAUAGUUGUACUUGCUGCUGGCACUUCUCCUAGGUAGAGGAUUGUCUUUAAAAAUAAUCGGGUUUCAACAGUUGAAGUGAGUACUUUAAUCUCUACAGUUGAUAGGUUGUUCCCUAUCCUAGCACAUUUUCUUUUCGUUAGCGAUAUUUUUUUUUUUAUUCAUCUCUGCAAAAAGGGGUUUAUUUUUUUUUUCGUUUAAGAACAUUCAAAUGGCAACGAAGUAACAUCACAUUAAAGAAAAGUAACCAGAAAUAACCACAGAAAACCAAUCAGUCAAUAUAUUGUCUGCCGCAUCGUAAUCAUUCCAGUUUCUUUCUUUAAUUCUUGAAGAGUUAAAUGCACCAAUCAUAAUUUCAGAGAUUGGACUCUUUGGGAAAACACGUGAGCACAUUUGUAAAAAUUUAAAUAAUCACGUUUUAUAGGUAUUGAUUUUAAAGAAAAAAGAAAACACGGAAAAAAGGAAAAAGUUACAGAUUGACCUUGUAAAAAGCAACCAUUAAAUGUAUCAUCAUAACUAUUCAAAUUAGUCUUGAAUCACGCAUAUUUUGAUUGACAUUAUUCAUUUUAUCUGUGCUCAUAUUAUUUUGGGACAACUUCGUGAAACUAUUCCAAAGGAUUAAUUCCUGUGUGAUUAAAAUAUUUGUGCCACUGCUGAAAGCCUUUUUGGAAAUGUCAUCAAAACAAGAAUCAAAAAUACCUUUGAGUUAUUCAGAAUAUUUAAAGCUCAACAGACUCCUGAAAUGUCAGACUCCAGUCAGCGUUGAAGCGGGUGAACCGGUUCAUGAUGAACAUUUAUUUAUCAUUACUCAUCAAGCUUAUGAACUAUGGUUCAAGCAAAUUUUAUAUGAAAUCGAUUCAGUUAGGGAUCUUUUUUCACUUAGUUAUAUGGAUGAAAGCAAAACUCUACAAAUUAUAUGUCGCCUGAAUAGAGUUGUACUGAUUCUAAAGCUCCUUGUGGACCAGUUCACAAUACUUGAAACCAUGACUCCGCUAGAUUUUAUCGAUUUUCGACACAAAGCUUCAGAUAUUUCAGAAAAUGGUUACCUCUCUUCAGCUUCGGGCUUCCAGAGUUUGCAAUUUCGGUUGUUAGAAAACAAAUUUGGAGUUAAAGAGAGCAACCGUGUUAAGUAUAACCAGCAACAUUAUCUAAAUGUAUUUAAUGACGAAGAAUCCGUAAAAAUGCUUCAAGAUUCCUUGAAUAGUCCUUCCCUCUUCAAAUUGGUUGAGAGGUGGUUAGAAAGAACCCCAGGUUUAGAAAAGGAAGGUUUUAAUUUUUGGAAAAAAUAUGAAGAGGCUGUAGAAACAUGGUUGGACGCAUCACUUCGGAAGCCAGCAUUGGAAAAUUUCGAUUCAAUAUUUUCUGAUGAAAUUCAUGCAAAAUAUCUUGAAAGAGGAGAACGUAAUCUUAGCCAUAAAGGUCUUCAAGGAGCUUUGAUGAUUUCACUGUAUCGAGACGAACCACGUUUUAGUCAACCAUUUCAGAUUAUCAGCAAUAUUAUCGAUAUUGAUUCGCAGUUAACCAAAUGGCGCUAUAACCAUGUAACUACUGUACAGAGAAUGAUUGGGAAUAAAAUUGGAACAGGGGGUUCUUCUGGUUACCAGUAUCUUCGUUCAACUGUCAGUGACCGAUAUAAAGUAUUCUUGGAUCUCUUCAAUCUUUCAUCAUACUUGCUCCCUCGGGAAUAUAUUCCAAUGCUGGAUAACCAAAUGAAGCGUCGUCUUAACAUUGCUGCCUACGAUGACAGCAUUGACGAACAAGACGAAAAAAUAAAACGAAUUAUAACAAACGAUGCCAAUUAAAUUUAGAAUGAGCAAUAAAACCUGUUAUGAAAUGAUUAUGGAGAAAAAUACAUUUACACAAAUAGCUGACAGGCUGCUAUCUAUAAUAUUUCGAUAAAUUUUCUUAUUUUUCUCCAUUAAAAUUGAUUAAAGUGUUUGAUUCAAA